AUGAGCCUCCCUGGUGGUGCAGGCUCUUCCACCGAAGAAGAGGCUCCCGUGGCAGAGGGGCGCGGAGUGGACCACGCCCCCGCCAGGCGGCAGAUUGAAGAGCCGCUAGUGCCCCCGCCAAGCCUGGAGACGCGUGGAGAAGAUGACGAGGGGGAGCGCGCGACGUACCCCCAGCUGAGCAAGGAUGCGCCCCCACCUGUGGGGGAAGGCGGAUCCCCAAACUGGGACCUCACAGAGGAGGAGGCGCCGACAUCGCCCGGCGCGAGGGAAGCUGAUGCCCCGGGAGGCGCCCCGAAGCUAGCCCUCCCAGAGGGCUCCGUGCCCACCAGGGCGUCGGGCGCCGACGGAGCAGACGCAAUGAGUCCCGAGCACUCUCCAGUGCGCUAG